AUGGGAUUCAAGAUCUUCAAGGAAAUUAUGGGAGAGGAACUAUUCAAGAGAAAGAUGGAAGAGGCUGAUGAGGUAUAUACUCGUCAAAUCAUUAAGAUUUCACCAAAAUAUUUUAACUGACUGAAAGCUGACUGACCUUUUGAAUUGUACGGGUUGAAGAGAAUCUGGUUUGUUUAGCACCAAGAAAUUGGUUUAUUUGAGUUGUCAUACAAAGAAAUAUCCAAAGUAUUGUUCCAUAACAUGUACGUUACAAUAGGCCAUCAUAUCACAAUACUAAUAAAAAAAGGAGGCUAAUUUUCAUAAACACGGUCCCAGUCUUCAAGCGAAUUUCGGACCUAUCAAGUUAGUGAGUCAAAUUUUCGGCAAUCAUUGUUCGUUGUAUCGUUUGGAAAAACACGGAGGGAGUGCCACAAAAAUUCUACGGGAGUUAUAAAACACACCCUAUAUGAUCUCAUCAGUACAACACAGCAUCACUCUUGCAACAAGUCACCCGUUAAAUCGUUCGUAACUCUCGUCGAAUAAAAACGAUAAAUUCACUGAUUUAGUCCUGUCUCUUUAAGCCCCCUCCAGAUUCUGGACCCUUCAGUGCAUCACAAAUGAAGCUCUUUGUUAAGAAAUAUGAAAUCGCCUACGCCUUGAGGACAUUGGCAACGCAAAAACAAGGGACUUCUCCUGAUGUAGUCGGGGCUAUAGGUGCCGUAACAGUCUUGAAUAACCCACUCCUCCCUGCUCACGACUUUUUCGCAGAAGGACACGUGUUCCCAGUGCGUUUGCGUCACAGUAACUUUAUGGCAACUGAUGAUGCACAACUGGACAUUAGAACAGUUUCUUUAAAAUUUGCCGACUGUGACUCGGAGGCCCCUUUUGAUCUGAUGAUGCAAACGGGCGAAGAGGCGGCAUUUUGGAGCAUUUUUAGCUUUGACAAGAUGUUAUCAGCCUUAAAGGAGGGUCCAAAAGCUUUUAAAGAAUAUUGUCUGGAAGAUCCUUGGCAGUAAGUCUUGAUUAUAGAUUUCAUUUCUUUAUUAAAUGUAUCUCCCUGACCUUAUUUAAAAACAUCUUUUUUGCCCCGACAACACUGAUAAGGCAAUUAAUUGCUAAACAGUGCCGCCUUUUUCUGGAUUUCCAGCUGUCUACCAGGAUUUGAGUGAGCGCAAUGAUUACCCUGUCGAAAAAGCCAUUGUCGAUUUGCCAAUCAGGGUGAAUCUAUUUUCGGUACUUCUUUGAGUCCUUUGGGGGCCCAGGACAAGGAUUAGAUGACGUUUGCGACGCAGGCUAUUAUUAUCAUUAAAUCCGCAUCAAUUUUUAUUAUUUUCAAAUUCUUAGUUUCUACCUAGCCAUAGCCGUUUUUCGCCGAGCACCAAAAUCUUUUACCGAUCAACGGUAUUACUCGUGGAUGGUUUUUGAAUACAAAGCCAAGGAUGGCAAGCCACGUUACGCCAAAUUUCGCCUCGUUCCCGCGGAUAACAGAGUGGAGACUGGACUGAUGAUAGAACAAGAACAAAGGACUCCUUGGUAAGAUUGAAAGAACUUGCCUAUAUGAAAUGUUAGUAACUGCACUUUUCAAUAACAUGCCAAUUCUUAAGUCAUGUAACGAUCACUUUCAUAAUUUUUGUUAUCUGAAACCACAUUUGCAGGGACAAUUGGAGAUCAAUAGGGGAAAGAAGACCAGAGAACUACUUAACUGCCGAGUUUGAAGAACGAAUAUCGUGUGAAGGUAUACAAUACAAGCUUCAAAUACAACUCCAUGAAAUUCAACCAGGCGACUCCCACCUUAUACUUCACGCGGCAAGAGCCUGGGAUCAAGACACUCACCCUUGGCUAGACCUUGCUGAUGUAAAAUUGACGUCACUAUUGCCGGGUGACGUAGUUAAGGACACGCAUACCUCAUUGACUAAUGCCCCACCGUCCAUUUCGCUUCCUCCUGCCAAGACUAUUUACGACUACAGCUCCCUGGCAUAUCUGGGAACUAAAGUCAGCAUCGUCUCAAGCGAAUUGAGUGUCCCGAAAUCCCCUGUAAAAGAAGAUAUAUCAAUCUACUGCAUUUCUGUGACAACUGGAAACAGAAAAGGAGCUGGUACUGAUGCUAACGUGACCCUCACAAUAACCGGUAAGGGUCACAAUUAUUACGAUUAUAAUAAAGCAGGGGUGGUGCAGUGGCCAGAGCAACUCGCCUCAUCACCAGUGUCACCACCCUAAUUCAAAUCCCAGUGUGACGCCAUACAAGUAUAUGGGUAUAGCUAGUUGCUACUAUAAUUGCAAAUCUUAGUUCCAAACCUUACCAUUUGCCAGUUUCAAACAGCUAAUAUCAAUACACAAUUUCAGAUCCUAGGCGAACAACUAUACCCUUUGGCGUCGCAUACUGUAUGCCUAUAUCUUAUAUUGCACGCAUUUUAGGCAUCCUACUGAUGAACAGUUGCGACACGUAGAUAUAUAUUUUUUAGCAACUAAGAUAAUUUGCAUUCUGUCUACUUUGAAUUGUGUGGCACCAUGUUACUAAUCAAGUGUUACAAAGGUUAAACUGCCGAUCCAUGCAAUGCCUCCUGGCGACAGAGCCAGGGAAGAUAUCCCAAAAUUUGAGACGAGCAAUGUUUGUAUCAGGUUAUGACACUGAGUCCACAUUCUUAUUCUGAUGAUGAAUGUCUCUUACAAGCCUCUAUCAUUUCAAUUCCUUAGGAACAAACGGAAGAACAAAACCCCUUUUGAUGGACAAAUGGUUUCACAAUGACUUCGAAGCGGGGACUCAAGAUACAUACACUUUGGAAGGAGAGGAUGUGGGCGAGCUAUUGAUGAUUAAACUGGAUAAUGACAAGAACGGUCUGUUUAGCGACUGGUUUGUGGAGAAAGUGUUAAUAACCUGCAGCCAGAAUCCUCAGAGGCUGUACGAGUUCCCCUGCCAUCGCUGGGUGCAAAGCGAAUCUGUUUUCUUUGAAGGAAAAGGUAGGUUUUUUUGUUUUGUCUUUAUACCUAUUUAGCUCCGUGCGUUAGGAAAAUUGAAUCAUGCUUUCAUGCGAUAACAAAGGAAUAUAUAUACCUAUGGCAAUGAGUUACCGAUCGGGGAAGGAGUUUUUCUCUAUAGUGGUGCGUCUACUGGUACUCUAAGCCCUUCUCAUAAAUAAGGACAUGUUCUAUCCUGGAGCCCAUCCUAUCCUAACUUUAAUGCUACCAUACUCGUCACAUUGGAAACAGUGCUUGUCACUUGCACCCCUCUACGUAUCGCCAACUUCCAAAAACUGCCAGACUCGACAUUGGGAAAAGGAGAGAAGGAUAGCAUACUAGGAAAAGAUGCAAAAAUGGGCUGUGAAGAUAUGGUUUGGAAAAAUCCUCAGCUUUAGCCUGCGACGAGUAUUAUAGAUUCCUUUUCCCGUCAAAGAGUUGAUUUCAACCAGUAUGUUUUGCAGAUCUGUGUAUUAAGCUUGCAUGGAGUAAGAGCUGAUUCAAACCUCAACUAAUUAUUCCUUUUCAUAGCAAUGACAGUCACUCAUGAGCAGCACGAAGCCGUGAAAAAUCAAAGAAAGCUGGAACUUCAACAAAGACAAGAAAUCUUUCAAUGGGCAGAUGAUCCUACUUUAUACCACCUACCAGGUUGCAUGAAGGCUGAAAUAAGCACUCUCCCAAAAGAUGUCCAGUUCACACAAGAAGGAGCAGACGACCUCCAUAAUGCCAGACAGAAAGCGCUAGCCAAUCUUGGGCUAAUUAAAUUAUUUAAUCUCUUUGAUUCUUGGGACGACUUUGAUGACUAUCGCAAGGUAUAGAUACAAGAUGUCUUUAUAAAACACAUCCCUUUCUUACUGCUGUUUUACUAAACGCUCCUUUGAAAGAAAACUAUUGGUUUUAGUUAAAUACAUAGCUUCACAAAGUCUUUUACGUUUUACGACAGAAGAAAUUAGAAAAUAGCCCCACAUGGAAUGGCACGAGACAUCCAAUACGUUUUCAGUGUGCGGCUGAGGGCUAGUAUUGUAACUGUAUGACUCUACUUACCGUAAGUCUAGACACUCGCUAGGUUUUGAGAAAUUCCUGGGCCAUGGGUAAGUGGAAGCUAAUAUCUGUGGCAUCAAUGAGCUUCAAGUUCUCCGCCACAUUAGAAAUUAAAAGCCUAAUACAGACCAUGGCAUGACGAAAUAUGUGCCAAGAGCGGAAAAAAAUUGACCACGUACAGUAUUCUAGAGCGAGCUAUUUCCUUUAGGCUGUUCUUCUUUUCUUUCUUCUUUUCCUUCCACUUUGUUCGCCGCUAAUUUGCUUCGCAUUUGGAUUCGUUUUUGACGGAACGCAAGAGUGCGAAUCUGUGACGACCGGUUUGACAGCUUUUGUCUUUUCGAUACUGGGAGCUCAAACCUGCAAGGAAAUCUCUCAGUCGUGAUUACCUCAUCAAUAUUCAGAUAUUAGCACAACUGAACAAAUUACAAUACAUCAAAAAUGGGCGACAAACGUGGAAAAGAUAGUGAGAUUCAAGUAAAGGCAGUCAACGUGAUCGGUAUAGUGUCCUGGUGUUACGAAUCUUCCUGAUCCUUUCUAUCACCAAAUGAAGUCCAGCAAAGGAAUCAAAAAAACGAUUAUCAAUAUUAUAUAGAUUUGGCAAGUCCGGCCCAAAAGCGGAGCUUCCGUCAAUAUACUUAUAAUUUCAUUAAAGCAAUUAGCUUUAGGUGCCCACUUUCAACUUUUGAGGGAUGGGUUGGAAUCACCAAGACAUAACCAAUAAAAUGCCACAGCAAGAAAUAAUCCUUUUGUUUCAGGCAUUUGUCGCGUUUGUUGGUGAUGUUCCGUCAGCUGCCGAACGCUGGCAAGAUGACCGUUUUUAUGGAUCACAGUUCUUGAAUGGCUGUAACCCAGACACGAUCAAGCGUUGCAUAGAAUUGCCAUCAAAGUUUCCUGUCACUCAGGAACUGGUUGGAAAUUUGCUGGACGAGAGCGAUACCUUGCAGAAAUCGAUGGAGGUUGGUUUUCUCCAUAUUUUGUUGGGAAAAAAAAUGAGAAAAAUGAAAUUAUAAAAAAGGAAAGUAGAACAAAUUAUUAAAUCAAAGGCUGACCAGAUGACUCUUAAUAAAAAACGAAUUCUUAAAUAAUGACGACUCCUAACCUGGCACACUGAUCCAGCAAUGGCACAGCACAUCUAUCAAAAGGUCAGGCAGGUUGUUGAGCCAGUCCAGUCCAUCAGACUGUUACAAAAGGAUUUCACCCACCCAAACUAAAGUUUGGUGACAAAUUAGGGAGUUUAAGCCAAGACAUUUUUGAGUGCAUGUCAACCGGAAGUGAGAACGUUUCUCUUGCCUUGACUCUCGCAAGUCUUUACGCUGAUAGAGACGAUUUGCCCAAAAACUUGCCCAAAACCACUGGCCAAGAAAGCAAAACAUCCACUUCCGUUUGACGUGUAUCGCUUAAAAACUUAUUUGUUUUAAGCUCCCUCAGUUAUCUCAUCCCAACGCAUUCUUGGAGUGUAAGGGUGGUAGAACAAGCACUUAUCUUAUCAGCUCAGAUCAUAGAACCACAUUUUUUAGGAUGGCCGUGUGUACUUGGUUGACUUUGAGAUUCUCGAAGACAUUCCACACUAUGGCCAGAAGGAUGAGUCAUUGGAGAGGCGUUACACCUGCCCAGCUAUGGGCUUGUUCUACGUCAGAGGCAAUGGAGACAUUGUUCCCAUAGCAAUACAGUUUCAUCAGGUGCCCAGCGAGACCAACCCAAUAUGGACGCCAAACGAUACGGAAAUGGACUGGAUCUACGCAAAAAUGUGGCUGCGGAAUGCUGACACGCAGUGGCAUCAAGUAAGUGUAUCGUUGCUUGACCAUUGCCUUAUCCCGUUGUUAAAAUCUCCUCAACAACCCUGCCAGUUCAGAUAUGACUUGAGAAAAAGGACUAAGAUCUGGUUCAUGUGGGGAACGACUGUGUACGUUAGUGGAUUUGAUAACACUUUUACUACUUAUUUCAUCCCCUGGAAUUCCAAUGGCGCCUUUUCUUACUCUUUCCAAGGGCGUCUCCUUUCUAUUACGUGGCACACGUUGUAUCUAGCACUCCCGGCCGGUUCGCGCAAUGGCUGCACCUUUUACAAGGAAGGUGUAUUUUGCCGUUUUUCGAUAUCCAAUACACCUUUUACGCCUGAAUUUAGAUCCGUUAAUGUCAAGCUGAAGUAUGGCGUUAAAUCUCGGUGUUAUAUUACUUUAACUUCAUUUUGUUAGAUGAUCACACAUCUUCUCCGCUGUCAUCUGUUCAUGGAACCGAUUGCUGUAGCUUGUUGGCGACAGCUUCCUUCAUUGCAUCCGUUAUGGAAGCUACUGAUACCUCAUAUUCGAGGGGUUAUAGCCAUCAACACUCUUGGCAGAGAAAGGCUGAUUCCAGCUGGAGGUGUGGCGGAUAACACUCUCAGUGUGGGUGGAGGAGGUAUACGUUUUUAAUAAUUAUGUACAUACAAGAAAACGAGAAUGGUGGUGGAACUUAAUGACGCGCCAGUUUCUCAAUCAAUCAACGGUACAGGCAAAACCAUUCGAGAAUAAAUUUCCAGAGGGGGUACUCGUACGUAACCGUAAUAAAGAGAGAAGGUAUUUGAACCCUUUGGGACUGUAAUUCGUUUAGCCCUGAAAAAGAGUAUAAGGGUUUGUGCUCUGUGUAAACAGGGUCUCGUGACAGGUAGAAGAACUCUUCAGGUGUAAAAUGGGAGAAGAAAAAUCAUCUAUUUUGUUCUGAAAUAGUGAAUGGAAAUCACGUAUUUUGGUCUGAAAUAGUGCAGGGAAUUUUUAAAUUUUCGUAAAAUAGGGUGAGUGUUUUAGAAAGCAUAGCGCACACCCAACUCAAAACUUUCGGGGGGACCAUGCACCUCCCCCCGGGACUAAUUUUCACGCGUUUAAUUCCGCGAUUAGUAGAUUUCUUUAUUAGUUAAGUCACCCAAUACAAUGAUAGGCUAAAUUCAGCCACAAUACUUAAGACUCAUAUUUUGGCGCCAGAUGAUUUCUUGCUACUUUCAUCUUGACGCUUGCUAGCUUAUUUGUUCCCGAAAUCAGCAUAAAGAAAAUGAAAUGAAACCAGGGUCAAAACGUUCUAAGCUCCAUUGAAGUGCAUGAUACCAAAAAAUAGUACACUGUAGCUCUAUUGCUGCUAUAUUUUUGUUCACUUAGUUAAUCGCCAUUUUGCUAGGUCACAUUGAUUUGAUGAAGAAGUACUACAAGACCAUGAAUUGGUCCUCCUACGAUCUGCCAAAAGUUUUAAAAGACAGAGGCGUGGAUGACGCCGAGAAGCUUCCCAACUUCCAUUACCGUGACGACGCCUUGAAACUGUGGCACUCCAUAAAAGGGUAUAUCACCAAGAUUCUCUCAUUUUAUUACCAUUCAGAUGAAGAUAUACAGCAGGUAGGUAAUGACAAAGGGUGGGAAGCGGGAUAAAUAGGACGAAAAUACGCAACAACGCCUAUUACAAGUGGCCUAUUACAAAUGGGGUGGAAGCUGGAAAUGCAAGGUUCGGGAGGCGGGAGGCUUAACUCUCUGUACAUCAUUUGACGCCAAUCAAUUGACACCCAUUGACCAUAAUUUUUUCCAACAGGACACAGAGCUGCAAGCGUGGAUUCUUGAUCUUCAUGACAACGGCUACUCAAUCAGAGAAGACGAAAGUGAUCAUGGCGUCCCUAAAUCCAUUACAACCGCUGACCAACUCACUCAUCUGCUCACCAUGAUGAUUUUCACCUUCUCUUGUCAGCACGCAGCCGUCAACUUUUCUCAGAUGGAUACCUUCGGUUUCCCGCCAAAUUCUCCGGCCCUGAUGCGGCAACUUCCACCAUCAGAAAAAGGCAAGUUGUCAAUGAAAGAUAUGAUGCAAAGUCUUGCCACGAAACACCAAGCAGGAGUUACAAUAGCGACGGUGUACGAUUUGACUCGUAUCUUUCCUGAUGAGGUAAGCAUUUCUUUGAUUAUAUUUUUUAGUCUACCGAGUCUUUCGUGGUCAUCAAUCUCCGACAAAAAUUGCUCGGAAAAAAGCAGGAAACGUCUUGCUACCAUAGCAAAGCCUAGAAAAUGGUUCAUUUUUCAUGAUUUGGAUUUAAUGCCGUUUUGAAGGGGGGCACCGUUAAUUCAGCCUUCUGCAACGCCGAAUGUCCCAUUGAUUGAUGACUAAGAUAACUAUUCGAUACCAUUAUGAUCAUUGAAACCACAACUCAAUACUGACUUAAAUUAAGUAAAUAAAAUGACGUAAUCAUAUAUACAGGACAAGGGAGUGUCCGAGAUUGAGUGAUGGUAUCUUUCCAAAUAGUUCUUUGUAUCUGACUGGUUUGUGAGUAAUUUUGAUAUUACUGCAUUACCUAUAUGUUUUUGUUAUUCCCUUCAAGCGUUUCCUUGGUGACUACACUGACGGGGGUUUUACUGACAUGGCGGCCAGAGAGGCUAUUUUACGCUUCCAAGGAAAACUCAAUCGCAUUUCGCGAUCCAUUAAGUUACGCAAUGAGUCAUUGGAAGUUCCUUAUACUUACCUGCUUCCAGAAAGGGUACCAAACGGAAUUGGCAUCUAGAAGACCAUGUAUAUUUGUAAUUUACCAUACAUCACUGUACAUAGAUAAAGAGUAAUCACUUUAACAUCAUGACUAACUAUAUAAUGCUUUGUUUGUAAGAUUUACUACAGGUACCGUUUACUUCGCUGCGUUAUUAUACAUUGUACUUACUAUCUGUCUUCUCACUGUCUAAGAGGCUACCCUUAAUUUUGCGAAUCAGUGCAAUCUUAGUACAAAUUAGUUAGUUACCUGCGAGUAGAUAUCUGACUAAACCCGUAGGAUUCGAGCGCAAAGCAUUUUUUCCAAGAAUAAUGUCAAGCUGUUCUCCAUAUGUGUUUGUUGUUACUUUCUUCCAAACAAUGUAUAAUAAUACCAUUUAUUAGAUUCGGUCGAGGUAAGUGUUAUCAGCCGAGGCCGAUAACACUUACCUCGACCGGAUCUGACAAAAAACCCCGUCCACUUUAUCAUAGAGAUAACUGGCACCUUGGAAUUUUUAACGCAAACGGUAAAAUCAGGUUACCAGUUCCAUGUUAUGAUAUUUUUAUAUAGUUUACAAAUUUCACCCAACAUCUCAAAACAGUAGUUCUUUGCGAAGUCACAUGACUGAAUAACAAUAACACUGUUUCCCGGCAAAGGAGAGAGGAGACAUUGCUUUUUUUUUCGUGAGCUAAAUGAAAAUUACUUAAAGACUAGUCCUUCGGAAAACUAGUCAUAUUUCUUUUCCUCGAACCUAAAUGUUUCCCCGGACUUCUUGGACACUGGGAUUCUCUGGACCAGUCAAACGUAUAAAUAUUUGUUCUAAAAUAUUUCCGCUAAAUCGCACGGCCUUCAUCAGUCAAAAGUCCUUGGUGGUUGCACAACAAUCACGUUAUAUCGUCUUUCUUUAACGACCUCAUCCUAAAGAUGGAAGGGAAGAGGAAGGGAAUUUAAGGACAAGGUUCACAAAACGAUACGAAAUCGACGCCUGGAUAUUGCUGAACCUGACUUCCAACUUCCGACUUCCGUAUUGCUGGUUUGCAGGUGACGUCACGGCGGCAAUGCUGGUGGUCAAUAACAAUAGCAUUUUUCCCCUCUGGGAACUAAACUCUAUUUUCAUGUAAAUUCUUAGAGAAAAAAUUCUAUUGUAUUGACCCCCCACAUUGUCGCCGUGUCACGUGGUUGCAAACCAAGAAUAGGACGCGGCUAAAGUGGCCAGCAGUGAUGUAAAUUUAUUGGAACCUUUUUUACAUAAGAAAAAUGUUAAUAUCCCACAGGACUGUUUUGAGACACCAACAUGGCCGCCUUUUCGUUGUUUUAGGACACCAAUAUGACGGACGUGACGUCAUAUUGAGAAAGACACUGCGAUCAUGAAACUGUACAGCUCUGUUCUGACGUCACUACUGUUACUUUAUGUAUCACAGUUGUUUAUUUUAUUUCAUAAUAUAUAGAUUUAGCCAGGGGUAAAAGCGAAGCUCCCAUUAAUAAAUUUAUUAUUUAAAUCAAACAAUAAACUUGGAAUCCACAAAUCAGUUAACUUAAGGGCAAAUUCAUGUGACUUUUGAGGGAAAGGCUAAGUGAUUUUAGAGUGAAACAUCUUUCAUCUAGUUGAUAGCCAUAUGUGUAAAGCCAAAAAAUAGCAAUCAUCUUCUAUCACAUUCAAGAGCCAUAAUCAGCUCUUGAUCACAGUAGAUUAGGCCUGAAAAACAAUUUCUUGGAAAACAAAUCAGGCCGAAUGUUUUGCUUUCGACAAGUUUACCAGUUUACAAAAUCUUGCCAACAAAUUCGGGGGUGUGUAAACCAACCUUUUAUACUUUUAAUACAUCACAUCUGAGGUGAAACAGUACUAUUUAUCAUACAGACCUAAAUGUUUGUUUCAAAGCAGGACAGGGUUGUUAAUCUUAUUCUUAUCAGCUGCAACAUUUAUCUGAGGAAUACCAGAGAAUAAAUAUGAAUUAUGGGGAUAUAUAAAAUCGAACAAAAACGUCCGGAAGACUCGCGCUUCGCGAACAAUGAAUCUUGAAUUAUGUAAAUUUCCUCGCGUGCAUGUUACUCGCUUCCGAUUGGUUCAAAGACAAUCAGCUACUGUCACAGCUCACGCAUGCGCGCUAUCGUGACACAGUCCCUUUAAUGCUGGACAUGCACUAUCGUCAAUGUUUCCUUUAGGAUUAGUUUUGUUUGUAAAAUUAAAGGCUGGUCAUCACCAUCUUCUCUCAACAACACUAACAUGCAUUCAAGGAAGUUCUUAACAAUUAUACCAUCUAUUAUUGAUCACAAGUUAUGAAUAACUUCAAGUACCUUUAAAUCAUGCAUGACAUAAGAAAAAUACUCGAGUUCAAUUAAAGCACAAAUUCUCAUCAUUAAACUUUAAAAAAGAUCAAAUACAGGCAUUUCAAAUCGAGAUUCGAGUCACCGCAAAAACACAAACAAGAUAGUCUAAGCAUCAAACCUAAAACUCACAACCACCUGAGUUUGACCAAAGCUCAAAUUAAAAGUGCAAUUACUCUGUUUACUAAAAAUACCUGAUUCAUGUGGUUGCACUCCUCAUACCCUUAAAACAAUUAACUUCACAGAUUUAAUCAGUGUAAAAAUAUCCACUACGAUCCACACUUAAAAGCUGAACAGUGACUGAACUGAGCUGUUUCAGUGCGAUCAGGCUUAAGAAAUAGUGAUCUCCAUCAACAUUCUCCAUGAACAUUACACUUUCACACAAUUAGCAGUUAUUGACAAUUUAUAAAAUGAUCGAAUGAUCGGUGUCGAUCUUAACACGGGUACGUUUUGGUGCUAAAAUAAAAAUAGACUUACCCCGCUUCGGCUGAGGUUUAGAAAAUUGAGAAGGACUGAAGAGCAUCAACGUACAGCUGAAUCCAGUCAGUGCAAAAUUAAAUAAAGCUUUAAUCCGUAAAUCAAUUUUUGGUUUAUGAAAUUUUACUCACUUUUACUGACAGUUCAUAGCCACUGGCUUUGGCAAAAUAAAUUUUACUGUUUUCUUAAAAGGGAUUCGAUAAAAUUGAAAAUAUCCACUACGAUCCACACUUAAAAACUGAACUCUGACUGAAUGAACUGUUUGCGAUCAGGCUUAAGAAAUAGUGAUCUCCAUCAACAUUCUCCGUGAACAUUACACUUUCACAUCAUUAGCAGUUAUUGAGAAUUUAUGAAAUGAUCGAGUGAUCAGUGUCGACCUUAAAACGUUUUUUCGCUAAAAUGAUAAUAGGUAUCCAUUUGAAGAUGAUACAAAGGAACACAAAAUAGACUUACCAAGUCUCGGCCGAUGUUUAGAAAAUUGAAAAGGGCUGAAGAGCAUCACCGUUCGGGCUAAAUCCAGUCAGCGACCCUUAAUAAAAAUAAUUUAAGCUUACAUAAUCAACAACUACGUGAAUUCCCGAGUUUCUGACUCGACGGUCAUCCGCCACCGUCAGGAAAUCAUACGAUAUUGCUUCUCGAACGAAUCCCUCAUUUUAAUCCCCAAUUCAGUAAUCCAGGACCAAGUACCUUUUCCAGAUCUUCUCCGCACGACGAAACGCUUUUUCUGACUUCUCUGGCCGCUUCCCGCUAUAUUUUCUAGUAGUUGGAGGGAAUUUAGUCCUUCUUUGAUCGCUUCAAACCCGCUUUCGUCUGCAUUCCAUCGGCGUAUUAAAGGUAAGAAGAGUCGUUUUUCAACAGAAUAGAAAUUAUUUCUAUUUACUUUUGUCAGUUCUUUGAAAACUGAAGAAGUGUACGCAUUUGGAACGAGAUAGAAUUAUAUAAGAGUGGUGAAAAAAGUAGAGCAUUUGUAGCUAAUAAUUUGUACUUCAGUUUGAAAUACGGAUUAGCUGGUGUGUCUCGCGUUUGAGAUUUAUGCAACUGGUUCCCAAAAGUCAAACUCAGGUGACUGCUACCGCAGAGAUGCCAAUCUACUCGGAAUUAUAAGUAAGAAAAACCCCUAGUUUAAAGCCAAAACUAGAAUAAGUCAAUGAAACGGCAAGUCGUUCAGUAAAUAUGUACAUGGGACUUUUCGGCCCAGCGGUAUGAUUGUUUCCACGAAGGAAGUUUAUUCCUACAAAACACCGGCGUCAUUCGGGUCCAUUCCCAGUUCAGUGAACAUGAAUGACGUGUCUUUUUCUAAACUGAACAUUGGAAUAUGACGUCUGGUCUAAAAUGCUAAAUCUCGCCAAUCAUCGUCAGUUUAUUCAUUUCCAAACUAUGUAAUGAUAACAGUUUUUUGGAAAAAUCAUAAACGAUGGCUUUUUUUUAAAAUCAUGCACAGAUGGCUUUUAAUAGACACUAAAAAUGAAUACCCCCGACUCUAAAAAUACUCAAAACCGUCCAUCCUUUUCUUGCGGUCUCCAUUAUGUAAGGGCCGUCACUGGGUGACCAAUGCUAAACAACGCCGGGAAUAGCUUUCAAAAUUUAACCUGAUGUUCUGAACUGGACUGUAUCUUUACCGCAGUUGAUUUACUUUUGACUAAUAUCAAACAAAAACUAUAAUCUUCUGAUACGAUGUCAAUGAUUUGGCAAAGACUGCCUUCUUAUGUUUAAUACAUUUUACAAGUGCGCUAGGAUCAAAGAGAGUUCUUUCAAGCAAAUGUCAACACAACGAAUGAUCUAGCGGGUGAACGGUUCCUUACCUCACGAUUGGAAAAGUGUCAAAAUGUCGAGAUUUCACGGUUCUAUGACUCGUACAGAAAAUUGACCAUUGAUUAGAGCUAACAAGCAGCAUAACAUUCAUUUGACUGCUGGUUGCGUCACAGAGAACAGUACCUCGCAGUUUCCGUGGUAAGUACGCUGCUUCCUUUUCAGUUACAUAAUCAACUACUUCCAUUUUCUAAAGUGUAUCUCAGUGUUCGUGGCUGAAGCAGCAGUCGGUUAAUUGGUGAUUAGGCUAGUGCUCGGAGCUUGUCUUCCACAUAGCCAUAGGGUAAGUUCGAGUUUUCGUUCCCAGAAGCUCAUAUGUAAGUUGUGUUUGCGUUUGCGUUUGCUGAUGAUUCUCGUCCCUGCAAGCGAUUGUCUACAGCAUAAGUUUGGGGCUAACUGCUUGAACGGCAGAAAUCUUAAUGUGAGAACAGUUGAGGUUCAGCUUGAUUCUGUAGCCGAUACUAAACUACCUGGCAUAAAGAGAGACAACUGUUUUAAAUAACGGUAUCGAAUAUAGGAAAGCGACUUGGCCUCUUGAAAAGAACAGAUAAAUUUCUGUGACUGAAAGCUGAGAAGUUUGUUUUACAACUCACUUAUCCAGCUAAUACUUGACUACGGGGGUUACUUGGGGACAUGAAGCAAACCGAAGCCGCCCGUCCAAGAGGUAAUCAAUUUACAGAAACGAUGCGCCAGAGUAAUCCUAGAGAAAAAAUGAGACACCCCCUCGGGGCCUUUAUUUAGAGACAUUAACGUCAUGCCAUGAUUUAAUAAAAGACAAGAACGCGCUUACAGCACAUUCAGUCUCGCUUGCUUGGAGAUUAGAUAGAGAAAGCUUAGGAUAACUGUAUAGGAAUAUUUUUAUUCAUAAAAGUGGCCCUGUCCUUUUGACCGGUAUUAUCGGAGAAAAUGGUACCGUCCAGCGGGACAUCCUGAGUUUUAGCAACAUUUGUUAGGAGGUAUAUCAUAUCUGGGUUUUUAUUGCUAAACGGUGAUUCUUUAGGUCUCCAAAAGGCCAGGGUAACUAAACAGGAGUGUUUUUUGUUUUCGUAAAAAAUGCCUUGUCCUUUUGGCCUGUCUUAUCUAAGAAAAUAGUACCGCCUAGCAGGACAUCCUGAACUAUGUCAGCAGUUGCUUGCAUGUAUUACUACAUGACUACCAAUUAUUGUUGAUGAGUGGAGAAAAUACACCUGAAAAUAAAGCUUGAAAGCAACUCCAAACUCGUCGUGCUCCGUAAUAAUUAAGUAACACAAGAAAUCUAACGAGGAAAUUAUUUUAUCUCAGGUAAUUUUUAUUUUUCAUUUGUUUCAACGUCAUUAGCAUUCAUUACCAUAUCCCAAAACAAAAGAAAAACAAAAAUUACCUGAGAUAAAAACCUAACUUUCAAAACACUUUCAAGUGAGACAAACCAUGAAAAAUUAAACACAAGCUUGCUGAGCAAAUUUAGGACGUCCUGCUGGGUUGUACUAUUUUCUUAGCUUAUACCAUUCAAAAGGGCUAGAUAAUUUUCAAGAAUAAAAACCACUCCUGUUUGGUUAUCCUUGGAUUUCACAUGUCAAACCAGAAAAAGGGUUUUGCACUUCCCCAUCAUUGUGUCACCUGAGCACUCCCUAUAGAGUGUCCCCAGAGUGGACAUUCUUCGGUGAUAGCAACAACAAGGAAUGAAUAAAACUAUCUUUGUUCAGCUGUCCCCAGCUGGUAGGAAAAAGCCUUCAGAGGGCAAGGUAUGUAUUACAAUGUAACAACAACAAGCUGCGUGUCAUGUAGUAAUACAUGCAAGCAAUUGCUGACAUAGUUUAGGAUGUCCUGCUAGGCGGUGCUAUUUCCUUAGAUAAUACAGGCCAAAAGGACAAGGCAUUUUUUACGAAAAAAAAAGCACUCCUUUUUAGUUACCCUAACCUUUUGGAGACCUAAAGAAUCACCUUGAAAACAAUAAAAAACCAGCUAUACCUCCUAACAAAUGUUGCUAAAACUCAGGAUGUCUCGCUGGACGGUACUAUUUUCUUCGGUAAUACCGACCAUAAGGACAGGGCCACUUUUAUGAAUAAAAAUAUUCCAAUACAGUUAUCCUAAGCUUGUACAAACCCACAGAAAUCAGGUUCUACAACACCGUUUAACACAGAAAAAAACUCAGAUAUGAUAUAACUGCUAACAAAUGUUGCUAAAACUCAGGAUGUCCCGUUGGACGGUACUAUUUUCUUGGAUAAUACUGGCCAAAAGGACAGGGCUACUUUUAUGAAUAAAAAGGUACCCAUAGAGUUAUCCUAAGCUUGUAGAAACCUGCAGAAAUCCAGUCCUACAACACAGUUUAACAAUGGAAGCUAGAGGUGAUGUACAUGCCAACAAAUGUUGCUAUAAUUUGGGAUGCCCUUUGGCCGGUAGUAUUUUCUUCGGUAAUACCGGCCAGCGGGACAAGACCAAUUGAUAAGACACUUAUAGAAGGAUUGCUUGCUAUACAGGACCAAGAACACUUCAAAACUCACAAUAAACGCAAACUUCGUCAACAAUACCGUAAAUCACGCUUCUCUGGCGAUAAAACGGCUCCUUUGGCUGUCAGUUUGCACCACGCUUGAGCCGCCAUAUUGGAUGUUUUCGAGAAUUUCCGAAGUCGGCCCGAAUCGGAAACUCGUUCCUAGUACUCCUCGGCUGUCCUUUUGGAUUGUAUAAUUUCGGCACCACCUUUCCUCCAGGACUCCCAAAGUAGUUAGAAAGUGUGAAAGUAAACAUUGGUUUUCCUGUGGUGCGGACGGACGGUCGGGCGGGCGGUCGGUGGGUCGGUGUACGGUCACGUGAUUACCAAAUUUUCUGGGAUGGGUAGAUUUACUAAGCUAUGGGGCUCCAGCCGCGCACGUGGAGCUCCGCUAUAAAAACCGCAAUACAUAAACAAUCUUUUAAGCAUAAUUUGAAUGAGCAGAAUAAUAGAAAAUUAGUAUCACUUAUCGGAUAUGCAUAACAGUUGUAUCGAAGUUGUGGCAGGAAUGGUACACUAAAUACAAAAAGUCACGGUUAUCAUUUAUAUAUGACUGAAAUUAUCAUGACAAAGUUUGUUUAAUUUUGCUAUCAACAAUGAUUAUUUAUAAGGUUAAACUCAGAUUGCCUUUUAUAUUUGCAAAUAUAGCUUGUUUACAGCCGCCCCUCAAGUCAAACAAACUCGGAUAGAGAGAGGGGAGGGGAGAGUCAGGGGAUGUCUCCGGUAAUGUACCCACGCUCGGCUAUGCAAACAGAUGAAUUUUCGUGGUAUCGAGCACAAUUCUAGACUGCAAAACAGUCCGUAUUUUUGCGUAUUCAAGUACGUGCGAGCAGUCAAACAAAAGGUCUGGAACAAGGCUGAAAACAUAGAGCGAGCUCGCUCGCGCGCUUCGCGCACGCAAGACUCUUACGCCACGCUUUACCGAUUUCUUUACUGAUUUUGAGAAAAAAACCGACUGUUUUGCAGUCUAGCACAAUUCGAGCACACUGAUAUAGAGGUGCAAGCAGGAUUUUGAGCAGAUUCUUACACUCAAACAUUGCUGGUAGACAGAACAAGCCAUUUUACGAUUUAUUCAACUAGUACACAGACCUUUACGCCCAGGUCGGCGUGAUAAGCUUGGGUAUCCUGCGUGAGAGUUCACAGCUCUCCUGCAAACAGUACCAAAAGACUUGGUAGUUAUAUCCUAUUUUAAUGCUGGUCAAUCGGAGUUUUUAAACGCAUAAAAACGUACUUGCUAUGGCAUACUUCACAGUCAAGUAAGUCAAGUUAGUCAGAUCAUCAUUAACAGGUAUUCUGCUCCUCAGAGAAGACGAUCGUUUGUUAGUCAGAAACGCGUGAGUUUGUAUGUGUUUACAUCCAGAACAAGGGUCUCUUGCAGACAUGGUCUCAUAAGAUAGGACUGCCCGCAGACCCCUCAAGUUCAUAGCGAAAGCGCGCAAGAUGUAGACUUGCAUGGGGAAUGAUUAUCCUUGAACAAGAGGUAAUGUUCUAAAAACAAAGGCAUUCUCGAAUCCGUCAUAGCCGCCUAACGGCGGCUGAUAUUGCCUCUGUAUAGCGAAGUUAAGAUAAGCUAAAUAAUGUCAUCAUCACAACCAGGUUCACAACAAUGAAUUCGAAUCUUCAAAACAAAAAGGUUGAAAAAAACGUACCCAACAAAAACUAGCAACUCAAUCAGUUGGGGGUCUAAAUUCUACAGCUGAGAAGGAGGUCUGACACCUCAUGAACCCUGUACACUGAGGAAACCUUAUCGUAAAAGCGGAAACACCAAAGUGAGGCCUUGAUCACGGUUUACUACAUUUCUUUAGGUUUCUGAGAAAUUACCCACCUACCCCUCCCCUAAGUCAACAUUUACACUUACUGCUCACUUAAGGCAAAAUGAUGAGUUAGGGGAGGAGUAGGUGAACAGUUUCCCAGAAACCUAAAUUGAUCCUAAUUUUCUACCAAAUAUCCUUUUCCUCUUCUUUUUAGAAAGGCGAUAACGAAUACUACGUUGUUUAAACCUCAUGGAGUGUCCGACCUCACAUCUUGGACGCUUACCAUUAAUUUUACCAGAACUUGCUGGCCAAACCAGUCCAGUCGUAAGGAGAAUUCCACUAUUGACCAGACCCGGGUUGUUCAAACGUUAGAUAGGGCUAUCCACCCGACAAAUCACUAUCCAGUGAAUAAGUAUUAACGAAACCAGUUGCGCUAUUCAGUAGUCUCCCUCGCAGCCGUUUUUAGUAUCGUCACGCAACGAGAGGGAGGAGCGUUGCGUGACGAUACUAAAAACGGCUGCGAGGGAGACUAGCUAUUCAGUGGAUAGAGAUUUAUCCAGUGGAUAGCGGUAUCCAAGCGUUAUCAACCUUUUGAACAACUGGGGCCAGGAUUGUCAAGCCAGAUCAGUUUAUCAAUAAGAUGCACGGCAGUGAUUAGUUUUAGUAAAAUUUUCGAGAAAAUAUGAAACAAAUAUUUCAUUGUCAAAAGUGACUGGUCCGACCACCCCUAGAUACUCUACCACAGACCAUCAUUUUUAUUUCCUAUCACAAGGUUGCACGGGCAACUGGGUCAAAAUUCGUCGCUAAAACGAUCCCAGAGUGCCAUUCGGUUAAGCAUCGACUCAAUCCCAAGGGCAAACUAAGGACCAUAUUCAAAGCAUUCCACGCCGGAUUCCACGUAAUUCUCAAAAUCCUGAUCCUGGACUAACACGCCCUCGACUGAACAACAUUAACAUACAACCAGAGUUUCGUACUGCAGCCAGUUGCAAGACGGCUAAACGGUAUGUUAUAAGUUAAGACGUCUAUACUUGCAGUAGCUAGCCUUCAAGUUUGUUUUUUAACAAUAUAAGAAGCAUACAUGAAAAAUAUUGUCGAGUGCAACGUUUCUUAAUGUUGAACGUGCAAAAAGCUCAAGUAGCGUCUGGGGUGAGCACGUGGUCCCAAGGGCAAACAAAGGACCGUAUUCAAAGCAUUCCACGUAAUCCUCAAAAUCCUGGACGAACACACCCUCGACUGAACAACAUCAACAUACUGCUUUCAAGGUCAAGUGAAGGCGAUACAACCAGAGUUUCGUACUGCAGCCAGUUGCAAGACGGCUAAACGGUAUGUUAUAAGUUAAGACGUCUGUACUUGCAGUAGCUAACCUUUCAAGUUUGUUUUUAACAAUAUAUCUCUGAAAUAUAAGUCGCAUACAUAAAAAAUAUUGUCGCGUGCAACGUUUCUCAAUGUUGUACGUGCAAAAAGCUCAAGUAGCGUCUGGGGUGAGCACGUAGGUAAAUUCAGUGCAUCCAAAAGAAGUCAAUUUUGCGCGUUGUGGUGGAUGUUUUUAAACAUCGGAGUAUUUUCAGUAUUUCAAAGUAUAAAUUGCACACUUUGCCUAGUCUUCCAGCCAUAGUUCUCGGGGGAGUUCGUUCUUUUCUGCUAUCUACGCCACUGUACAGUAUUUCGCAACGUGUACAUAUUGGAUAUAGGAUAUUGCAUUUUGUUUCGCAUGAAUGGUAAUGAAGAUGAACAGAUAUCAGCUAAAGAUUUCACAGUCCGUGGCAAUAUUGAAAACUCGUCAACUAAAUAUGCAACAUUGUGGAAAAAGUAAAAAAAAAAAAUCUGUGUGGCAAAUAUAAUGUUAAUAAGUGCAUACAUUGUUUUGGUAGAAUUUCGAGUUUUCAGCGUCGGAUACUUGGAAAAGCAAACUGAAAUUUUUAAGAGAGAAGUCGCAAUACUCUGUAAUAUAAUAUUCAUUGAUAUGUUCGUAACUCGUUAAGAAAAUCACGUUGAAAAGGGUAUGUUCAUCAACGUUUAAUGAAGGUAAUUGUGCCUUAUCCGUUCUAUUGUCUGAAGAUUUGUCCGUAUUGCGAAAGAAAUUGAUUUUAAUUUUUUUUUUCACCUUAAUACAGAAAAAUCAGGAUAGAUGAAGUUCUUUUAUGAUUAUGAAAUAAAAUUUUGGUCAGCUUGCAGCAGCAAAAUCACAGGUUUUCUCUGAUCCAGUGGCACUUUUUCGAGCCUUACUGCCCGACAGUCAUGCUUGAAUACAUUGCACAAUCGCUUAAUUAAUGUUCGAUCAUUUCCUCUGAUGAAAACUCGCGAAGUUUUAUAACAAAACAUUCGAAUUCCCAAUGCAAUAGAGUUGAAAAUAACACCUCUGCAAAAACAGAGUUAAAUGGGUUGUGUCACGGCUGUCGAGUUCAUUUUGUUUGUAUUGCAUUAAGAAUUUAAAACUGAAUUUGUAAUUUAUCCGGGUAAACGCCUUGACUGACUCUACUCGACCACAAACUAAAACCGUAUAGUUUAUUACCAUCAUUCAAACACUGAACCGGAUUUCUCUAACUGAAGCAGACUGCAAAAAAGGCUAAAGGGUUCGGAAUUGAGCCGAUAAAAAUGUACAACUGUAAAUGUAGAACCCAUUUAGGUUUGCGAGUUGUACUAAUUAUUCAUUUGUAUAAGUGACUGAUACACUGUAUUAUUUAGUUAAGGUAUUAUCCAGGGUAAAAAAUCAUCAUUUUUCAAAAAUUUUCAAUUUUUAGAUGAUUAAGUAGAGCUAAUCAAGACCUUUCUUUUAAAAAAAGAUUCCAGGAAAAAAUGUUUUUUCUGUGCAGACUUAUGGAGCGCAAAAGUUUUUUCUAUGCUAAUUAUUUUAAUUGAUCGUUGACGAGUCCUGUCAUAUUUGAUACGCAUGCCGCUGUUGUAUAGUGCUCACUGUUUUUCCCUGGAUUUCGGAAGUGAAUGCCUCCAAAGAAGAAAAAAGAGCUUGUCCGUUUUCGUCCUCGACUCCAAGACGAAAGAAGGCGACAAAAUCGUUUUGCAAAGUGUGGGCUUCGAAAUUAGCAGAGAGCGACAAGGGCUCCUACUACAAUCAAGAAAAAUAGCUAAAAAAUGACAAAGCUUCUGAAAAACCUAUUGAAACUACCUCGAAAUCGAGUUUCACGAGUUUCUUAGCGAGCGGAGCGAGCUUUUUAGGUCGCGAAGCGGCCAAGCGAGCGACAAAUUCGCGACAGGUCCCGCGCCAUAUAAAAAUCAGACGAAGGACUUUUUUGAAAGUCUAUUAGCGCGUCAGAGCAGCUUCAAGAAAAACUCCAGGGAGCGGUUUGUUGUCGAUUUUUUCAGGGAAGUGUCGAACUUUUAGAAAAUGUAUCGAGUAAAAGUUGGCUUGGCUCAAAAUGAAAACUGCCCGUCGCAAAUAACUAAAGAUGCUUUCUCGACAACAGAAGAGAGAAGAGCCUUUGAAAUAAAUAGUUCAUCUGUUGUCGGGUUUUGUUUGUAACCUUUUCCUGCUGUGUCGCUAUUGUUGUCCCUUUUCUGGUAUGCAUCAACAUUGACAGCUUUGGUGUUGUUACAGUCUCAUGAGGACCCGCAAGACCCCUGCGAAGUCGGUCAUCUGAAAUGACCGAUUGCGCAAUGUAAAACAAAAGACGUGUUGACAACUCAUAGAAUACGAUCCUCUCUAAAUCAUCAAGACUGAAUGUUUCAUUUUAUUUACAAGUCAUCGUUUGACAGCUUAACCAAAUUAAUUAGAAAUCUGAUUCAUUGCACUCAAUGGAAACACAGAAAAAAACUCGUGGGACCUUUCAAAGCAAGCCGCGACAAACGGCGAGUAAAACGCGUGAACAAUUUUGCGUGUGAGCUGCAAAUGCCGAGUUAAAAACUAUUUUUCUUGUGAGUGAAAUAUUUGGCUAAAAGCGAGGAAAACUAAAUGCACGCCGUAACAAUUAUUCCGAAACCAAAUCUUACAUAGAAUUCUUUAGUCAGUUUGCGAAGGUUAACGCAAAAUGUUUUAGUACAAUAUUUAUUUUGCCAACGGAAGGGGUAGUUUCGAAAACGAAGCACUCGAAAACGAAGACCGAAGCACGAAGCACCCAAAUCUCGAAAACGAAGCACCCAAAACUCGAAAACGAAGCGCCCAAAUCUCGAAAACGAAGCACCCAAAACUCGAAAACGAAGCCCCCUAGAUCGAAAACGAAGCACCCAAAACUCGAAAACGAAGACCCCUAAAUCUCGAAAACGAAGCACCCAAAACUCGAAAACGAAGCACCCUAGAUCGAAAACGAAGCACCCAAAAACUCGAAACCGGUCUGUCCUUUAUAAACACGAGACCAAUGCUAUUACAGCAGGAAUCAAGCACGAUAACGAAUCGAAUUCUCCUUUUCCCCACCAUAGAGCCUGGUCCCAGGCUAUUACCCUAGAACAAAUUCUGCCUGGAUCUGAUCUGAUCUGAUCACGCAGUGUCAUAGAUACCCAAUAUGUUAGACUGCAAAACAAUCGGUUUUUUUCUCAAAAUCAGUAAAGAAGUCGGUAAAGCGUGGCGUAAGAGUAAUACGGGCAAGCCUGUCACACUCCGUUUUCAGCCUCGUUUCAGACCUUUUGUGUUACUGCUCACGCGUACUUGAAUACGCCAAAAUCUGCUGACGGACAGCUUUGAAGACUACAUAAACAUGUACGUGUACCGAAAAAAUGCAUAUUAAGGUAAGAUGUAUCAACAAGAGAGGUAUCAAGUAUAGCGGGACUAAUAAUAAAAUUAAUACAGGAUAUCCUAUUUAGAAACGUUCAGUGAAACAGUUGGUUAUAAAACCUUGGGAUGGAUUUUGUGGACCUUUGGAGGUGCGGACGCAUCCGCUGCCUCCACCUGAUUCGGAUUGCGUCAUGUAAGACGUAAAGUUGCACUUAUUAAACCUACAGUGGUUUCGAGUUUUGAGUGCUUCGUUUUCGAGAUUUAGGGGUCUUCGUUUUCGAGUUUUGGGUGCUUCGUUUUCGAGUUUUGGGUGCUUCGUUUUCGAGA